CCACUAGUGGAUGCUACCCGCGCGCGCCUGCUGUCUGCAUGAUCGGAGCUAGCUUGCUCAGGCUGUGCGCAGUACCACGCAUCCUCUAUCCGCAGUCUGAGUGGCUACACAGGGGCGCAAGCGUUGACAGCGAGGAAAAGCAAGGCCGACAAGGAACAAAUCACUGCUAUUGCUAAGUAAGGGCUAAGCAAUACAGUCUCAUCUGUGGGGUCAGCUCGUGUGCUCGCAAUGGCGGUGGAACUCAUUAAUCCCAAUCCUGUCAUCCACGAGCGCAAAAGUAAAGCACACCGGCUGGACUUGCCGAGCGUGCACGGCGAUGAAGAUGCUGCAGAGGAGUUUGACGCCACAGAGAUUUUCGAUCACAUCCGGGACAUCACGGACCCUGAGCACCCCUACUCUUUGGAGCAGCUGAACGUGGUGUCAGAGGAGGCCAUCAUGGUCGAUGAUAAGGGAAGCAAGGUCGGGAUCAAAUUCACACCCACCGUCCAGCACUGUAGUAUGGCCACCCUGAUUGGCUUGUGCAUACGGGUUAAGCUUUUGCGAAGCCUACCUCCGCGCUUCAAGGUGGACAUCAACGUGGCUCCGGGGUCCCACGCUUCCGAGGCGGCUGUAAACAAGCAACUGAACGAUAAGGAAAGGGUGGCAGCGGCUCUAGAGAACCCGCACCUAGUAGACAUGGUCGAGAAAUGUCUAGCAUCAAGCGAACAGUAGUACAUCGAAUCUAUCCAGUAUCUAUCAUUAUCUUCAUUCUUUUAAGCUCGUGAGUGGCCUUGUACAUAGGAUACAGCUGACAUCUGAGAGAUUGCUUUUUGAUUCGACCGGUGGGUCAAAUUUUUGUUGCCCUUUCGACAUGCCGACUUCGUGCAAUUGUUGUAAGUGUUAGGAACGGAUUGUGCACUCGACCGUAAAACCAAACCAGUUUGUUGUGAUUGCGGCACGUGCCAC